AUGGCGUCCUUAGUUGCCGAUUACGGAACCUCGUCUGGAGACUCCUGGUCAGACAGCGAUACUGGUGACACAAAUAAUCAAAACCCAGUGAUACAUGCGAGAGAAGAGGAUGGUGUGAAUUUAUUGACUAAUGUUAACAGCAGUAGUAGUGAUGCUGAUGAUGAUGGGGAUACAACAGAAUUAUUUACCAGGACUGAGGAGCCACCAAAAUUACCAUUACCAGACAUUUUUAUUGGAUCAUCAACGACUUCACUGCAAGGAAGCUCAUCAGUAUUUGCGAAUCCAUUUAAGGACAAAGAAGAUGCCAAGGCUUCCAUAUUGGAACAACAUGUAAAGAUGAGUACAGUUGUUGAGAAAAAUGAAGCAAAAAACAAAAAAACAUGCUACAAAUUUUUAAAAGGGAAAUGUCGGUUUGGUGAUAAGUGCAAAUUUUCGCAUGGUUCUAAACCUCCUCCAAAUGCACCCAAUGUGGGUGUGCGACAUGCUGUGCAAGUUCACGGCACUCAAGACUUUAAUACUAAUGAAGAAGAGGUCGAUGAAGAUACACAAACAUUGAAAAGAAAACACAAAUCAGGAAUCGGUAACACGUUAGUUCCACCAAAGAAGGCUAUGAAAGCCUAUCAGAAACAACAGAUAGUUGAAAAGCCCUGGAUGAAAGAAAGAUGA